CGAAAAAGAAGACGAGCGGAAGUAGAAGUUCACAAUAACAACACUGCUACUAGCGUUAGCUCGAAGGACAGCGAAGUGUGUUUUUUUCUGCUGGUUUGGGACAUAUUAACAGCUCAUAAAAACAAGGGACUCUCGGUUUGAUGAGGAAGAACACUGACCUCGACCGACCCGAUUCACAACCUUUCACCAACAUCAGCGCUGCACAGGUUCCAAAAACCUAAUGGAAAACCUGAAACCAGAGGAGCUGAGGCUGUUAUAGAAGCAGAUUAACAGCCUUGAAUUAAGUACGAUUUAUUUACUAGUGAUAAACAACAACACAAACCUGGACAAGGAUCAUCUCAGGUUUAAGUAUUUACCAGCACAAAGCACAUGAUGGGAGACCACAGAUCUGAAGAAGCCCUGUCGUGAUGUGUCAUGAAUUCUUAUGUGGAAGUGAGAGGAUCUGCUUUCUGAGUUGGCACACUUUUGCUGAGUGACACACCAACACAAAGACCAGUUUCAGCAUCCACUUCACAUCAGAGAUCCUGAGAUCCUGUUUCCCAGAGCUCAAGUACGCUGGAAUUUUCUGAUACCCACUCGGACAUGUCAUAUGUCUUCAUCAACGACUCGUCGCAGACCAACGUGCCUCUGCUGCAGGCCUGCAUCGAUGGAGACCUGCCCUUUGCCAAGAGGCUCCUGGAGACGGGAUGCGACCCCAACAUCCGCGACAACCGGGGCCGCACGGGCCUGCACUUAGCCGCCGCCCGGGGGAACGUGGACAUAUGUCGCCUCCUGCACAAGUUCGGGGCAGAUCUGCUGGCGACAGAUUAUCAGGGAAACACGGCGCUGCACCUGUGUGGGCACGUGGACACUAUACAGUUCCUGGUGUCCAACGGGCUCAAGAUCGAUAUCUGUAACCACAACGGAUCAACUCCUCUGGUGCUGGCGAAGAGACGCGGCGUCAACAAGGACGCCAUUCGUCUGCUGGAGGGACUGGAGGAGCAGGAGGUGAAGGGCUUCAACAGAGGACCCCACUCCAAGCUGGAGACCAUGCAGAUGGCCGACAGUGAGAGUGCGAUGGAGAGCCACUCCCUACUCAACCCCAACCUGCAGAGCAGCGAGGGCGUCCUGUCCAGCUUCAGGACCACCUGGCAGGAGUUUGUGGAGGACCUGGGCUUCUGGAGGGUGCUGCUGCUGCUCGUGGUCAUCGCCCUCCUCUCGCUGGGCAUCGCCUACUACGUCAGCGGCGUCCUGCCUUUCUCCACCAGCCAGUUGGAGCUGGUGCACUGAGGGCAGUGACCCAACAAGCGUGGAGCAGGGAGGUAGUAAAAUAAUCAAGUGAAGUUCUGCUUUCGGCUGUGUUGAUACAGAAACUCUGAUUUUUGUUUAUUUGCAGCCCUGAUCUCAUCUUGUUCUUGGUUGUCGGGCCAGGGAAGCAUCAUAUUGUACAGUUAGAGACCCAGAAGAACAAAUCUCACUUUCAGUUCAACACGUCCCCUUUAAAAUGACAUCAAUCAGCCUUAGAGAAAGUAAACACCAAGUGAAAAAGAGAAAGUAUAACAGUUCCCAUUUCACUUUUAAGUUUAAAAAGUAGUGUAGUAGUGUUACUGGGUACAGGCUGCAAGCUGGGCUUCCCCUAAUGUUUGGACAUAUUGUUUCUUCGAUAACCUAUGAUCCACAUGUUCAGGAUGUUUUUACCAGGAACUGAAUCAUCCACAGAGGUGUCCUCCUCUUCAAAACUAACACACCAGGUGGUUACAUCCAGUAAAAACAGCCACAGCACUGAUGCGUGCUUCUGUGGGAAUAUGACAACAUUGACCAAAUAAAACACUUACCUUGAUUAAAAUCACAGAUUUGCUAAGGUUUAACAUAUUAGGGAUAAUGUACUCAAAACUACUCAAUAAAAGGAAACAUAAAUUUAGUUACAUAUUACACCUUUAAAAAACCCUCACAAGCUUGAGACAGAUCCAGGCGGUUUCUUCUCUGUAUCCACUGGCUGAUAAUUCAGUAUGUUAGAUUGUUUAAACAUUAUGAAACCUGCCCCUAUACUUUAAGCUGCUGUUUGAACUGAAAUGACUCAUAGGGAAAUUAUGACACUUGUUUUGUUGAAUGCAGUCCAACAUUAACGUUUCCUCGUAUCCCUCCUGUUACACGCUGUAUAUUGCCUAAUCUUUAUAUUUUUAUGUUCUUGUCUCUCAGUUGUGUUAUUUAUCAAAUAUCUUCUGUAUUCAUUUCCUUUCAUGCUGUAUGUUUUGUUAAAAUCCUGCGCCCUCUUUGACCCAGUUUGCUUUAGACCAACCUGCAUUUUGUCGCGUAGUGAAAAUCUUCUGACUGGAAACAGCUUGGUUGUGAGUGUGUGAGUGUCUGCGCACACACUGAUUAGAAACUGGACCGUGUUCCUUCUGUCAGAAAGCUUCACUACAGCUCAUUGACAUUCCCCCCGCCUGAAGCAUGCAGCUUUGUUGCAUUGAAAUCGACCAUAUUGCUGUAAACAUCAUGUAGAGGCACAGUGCUUAUCAGGUAGGAUAAUGGCAGCAGAUUAAUGGUUAUGACUUGUUUUGUUGUGUAUUCUUUAAUGUCCUGGAAACCAUGUCGAUUUCAUUUGUCGUAGGUUUUCACUUUUCUGUGAACAGUAACACGUUUGAAGUAAAUCCUAAUUUAAUGUGGAAAAUAAAUAAAACCAUGAAUGAUUGUAAUCGAACCUUUA